AGGACCCUGGACAGGCAUGCAUGCGUGAGAUCGCUCGCGAAUACCGACACAGUUUCACAACUUUGGGCCGAUUGACGUAUGACUCGAGGAGCAAUGUGAAGCGCUGUCUAACAUUCCGUGCUGCGUUCCUAUCUGUUUGACAUUGUGAAAGGGGUGGAUGUGCGACAAGGGGCUGCUUUGAACCGAGCACCAAGCAUUUGCUAGACUGCAUGUGGCAUUCAAGAUCCCGAGCCAAGCCCGCCGAAGGUGUUCACCUGCAACCAUGUAGCGAUUUCUCCUGUUAGUACUCGCUGUCCUUUGCAAGCACCUUCUGCUUUCUUCUUUCCUUUCUUCCCUCCGUUGUGCACUUCCCCAAUGGCAGCGACGACAUAGCACCUUCUUUUGCGGACCGCUCACUCUCUCAGCGGCUGUCUUCCACGGAGCCCACGCGACUGGGCCGACUGAACCAGGCGCCCACCAUGUUCCGUCUCCGUAGAUACCGCGUCUUCGUCGCUUUCACCGUCAUCGCCGUCCUGGCGCUAUAUAAAUUCGGGAGCUCAAAUCCAUCGUGGAGAGAUCAAGCUGCGGGCUUCGCACCGGGCCACCGCGACAAUGCAGACCCCCAAGUGAAGUGGGAGCCGAAACCGCAGGUUGCGAAUGGGCCGAAGCAGUUCGGGGUGGAAGUAUCUGCUGCGAAGAACCCUCAGACCAAGGAGACCCCGCCGCCAAUUGCUUCGGUAGCGCGACCUGUCGAGAAGACAUCUACUACCGCGCCUGGCAAGAAGUCAAUACCUGUAGGCGUAGGAGUCGGGCAUGGCGCACAUGUAGAAGCGACACCCACACCGCGUGCCGAUGAAGCUGUGGCACAGGCUGUGCUGGGCGACCUACUCUCAUCCAGCGUGGAACCUAUACAUUGGAUCAAGACCAAGGAACAAUAUCCCGUGCCGACGGAGUCGAUCAUCGCGCUGCCCACCGCAAAGCCGAAGCCUAUACCCAAGAUACAAGCUGUUUUCAAGAAAGAGACGGAUGCAGAGAAGGUCGACCGCGAGGCAAAGCUGGGGACGAUCAAGGAUGUGUUCAAGCGCUCAUGGUCUGGGUACAAGGAGUUUGCAUGGCUGCACGACGAGGUUAUGCCUGUGACCGGAUCGAAGAAAGAUCCCUUUGCGGGCUGGGGAGCGACGCUUGUAGAUGCUCUCGAUACGCUGUGGAUAAUGGGACUGAAGGACGAAUUUGAGGCGGCUGUAAAGGCCGUCGAGAAGAUUGAUUUCACGACCACCACUCGUGUCGAUAUCCCCCUCUUCGAGACCACUAUUCGCUACCUCGGAGGUUUCCUUGCAGCUUACGACAUGGCUGGCAAGACGCAUGAGAUCUUGCUCACCAAAGCAAAGGAGCUGGCCGAGAUCCUGAUGGCCGCCUUCGACACUCCGAAUAGGAUGCCUCAGACGUACUAUUACUGGCAACCUGGCUUAUCUUCCGGCUCUCCCCUUGCGAGCAACCGCGUCGUUCUUGCUGAGAUUGGUUCCCUGGCCAUGGAGUUCACUUACCUAGCACAACUCACUGGCGAGGAUCGAUUUUAUGAUGCAAUUGCUCGCAUUACAGACAAUUUGGAAGGAUACCAAAAUCACACGAGGCUCCCUGGUAUGUGGCCGACGUACUUCGAUGCGUCGGGGUGUCUUCCGCAUAAUUACAACACCGCUCCCAAUAAGCCCCUUCAAAAACCGAUAACUGCAGGAGACCCGGGAUGGGAAGAAGCGCUCAAGAACGGCGCGUAUCUGAAGGCUGACCCAAGCCAGCCGUUGGUCAUGCCGGCUGAAGAUGAUUCAGCAACUACUGGUGACGAGGAGCUCUCGCCUAGUGGUAAGAAAUAUAUUCCAUUGGAGAAACCCCCGCCUCUAGAGAUCGUGCCCAAUGGGCCGAAUCCAUCGUGGAAGCCCCCGCCCGAGGAGGCAUUCAUCUGGCCUGGUGACACCAAGGCUGCUCCUAAAAAGCGUCAGCUUGACGCUGCGGGAUUCCCAUCCGAUCCAGAAGCUACACCAUUCAAACCCACCUGCGACAACCCCGGCUUUGGCCCGUCAUCUAGCGGAGGAAGAGAAGAGUUCACGCUCGGUGGGAUGUCGGAUUCCACGUACGAAUACCUUCCGAAACAAUAUCUGCUCCUGGGCGGCCAAGUCGAAAAAUACCGUACCAUGUACGAAGUAUCUGCAGAGGUCAUGAAGAAGCAUCUCAUAUUCCGGCCUAUGCUGCCAAACGAGGAUGAUAUUCUUUUCUCUGGUAAGCGGUACGUUUCGGGAGCAGAGCCAGGUGAGACUCCCGCCACCGAACUCGAGCCCGAAUACGCACAUUUGACCUGCUUCGCGGGAGGUAUGUUUGGUAUGAGCGCCAAGAUCUUUGACAGGCCGAAGGACCUCGAGAUCGCUGCCAAGCUGACAGAGGGCUGUGUGUGGUCCUACAAUAUGACCGCAACGGGUAUCAUGCCGGAAGCGUUCGAGGGUGUGGCUUGUGGGAGUCAAAAGGACUGCCCGUGGAACCAGACGCUCUACUAUGAGACUUUGGACCCCGCGCAUGAGAACAGGGCGAGUCAAUACGAGCAGGCCAUGAUCAACUACGAGAUCAGGGUCAAGAGCGCAAGCCUGUGGUACGAGUCGGCGAUGCAGGCGUAUACGGAAUCUCCUACGCCAACGCCUGUCCCCGUGAAGGCUGGCAUCGCGCUCUCCGCGGCAGAGCCAACGGCGGCUGCUGGCAGCGUGCUGGACAAGCGACAGCUUACAGAUCUCGAAUACGCCGCACCACCAUCGCAAAACGGGAGCUUGAACGUCGGCCGCGAAUCUGCAGAAGAUGCCGACAGUGCAGACUCUCCCACCAAAGUCCAGCUCCAAGUCGAAGAAGCUGAAGAGCCCAUCCCCACCAGGGUCAUGCCCACCUUCCCCGCCAUUUACUCGCCGUCCGUCCCUCUCAGCCACGAAGACUACGUCAACACCCGCCUCGAAGAAGAGCGCCUCCCGCUCGGCGUCACUAGGAUCAAGGCCCGGGAGUACAUCCUCCGCCCCGAAGCCAUCGAAUCAGUCUGGUACAUGUACCGCAUCACCGGCGACCCAUCCUGGCGCGCCGCCGGUUGGCGCAUGUUCGAAGCCAUCGACAAGCACACCAAGACGGCACACGGCAACUCAGCUAUCGACGAUGUCACCAAAACGAGCCCGAACCUCAACGACUCGAUGGAGAGCUUCUGGCUUGCGGAGACGCUGAAGUAUUUUUAUCUGCUGUUUAGCGAGCCGGGGGUCGUGAGUUUAGACGAGUGGGUGCUUAAUACCGAGGCGCAUCCGUUUAGGAGGCCGGCCUGAGAGGAGGGUCUGGGCGUGUGUAGAUAUUAUGCUUCUUUCUUUGAUGUGGCUGUGCCACAAUUGUUCCUGUUAUGUGGGUCUGGCGCUUGGGUGUCUUGAGCUGUAGGAAAAGAGGGUUGCCUCAGCUGUCGUUUGGGAUCUAGCCUGGUGUUUCUGGUGUUGGCCUGCUUGGCCGAGGAACUGAAAUGGUUGCUCUGGUGAUUUGUUACGCAGCUUCAAUAUGGCGCGUAAAGAGAGCGAUAGCAUUACUAUGGAGUUUUUGCUAAGUU